AACGCGCCCGAAACGUCAUUUUCGUGCGGUCGCGCGCCUAAAUAAGAGCAGGAAGAAGAAAGAGAAAAGAUCAAGCAUUCGUGUGUGAAGCUUUUGCAUUUCGCGCGCGCUCGGUGAGCAGAAAUGGAGAGAACUACUGUGGUGGAUUUGGUGGUUGUUCGCUGUGCCGGCUUCGCAGUUUUCGCCCCCGUACUGUCCGUGCCGCCACGGUCCAAGUGAGUGCGCGCCAUUUGCCGCGGAAGCUGCAGACAUUUUGCGCCCGCCCCUGGGUGUGCAUGUGGUGGGGUUUCUUUAUCGGUGCGGGAGGAGACCGUAAACACCCUCGUCGGAAAAGACGCGCAAUUCCCGCGAUAGCCUGGUACCGCCGCCGUCGCCCGCCGCCCGCCGUCCACGGUGUACCUUUUGGGUCGCUCACGAGCCGCCCUACCUUUGCUCCAUCGCCUCUCCCCAGCUAGCCAGUCCGGCUCGGGUGUGUGUGUGUGUGUAUCGUGUAGGGAAGAGUUUUCGAACCCUCCGCACAGUUUUCUUGCCGCAAUCGAUCGGCCAGCGGAAUCACUUGGAUGGCAACCGGCCCAGCGGCAAGAUCGGCCUUUUCUCCAGAUCAACAGUGCGGUGCGAUAUUUGGUGCCGUCGUCGCCAGUGUCCACAGUACCCCUCGAACCACCGCGCCCCGAAGUAGCAGUGUGUCCAGCCACCAGACGGUCCAAAGUUUUGGAAGAUCUCCUGUAAGCCUGUAAGGUGCGUGUGCCCUUGUUCAAAGGUUCGGGUGAAGCUGCUCCGAUCGCCCGUUUGGUCGAAGAAAAAAGUGCCUUCUUCAGUGUUUUGUGUGCGUGCCGCAAAGACAAGAAGAAAACUCGCAACACCAGAAAAAAAAAAACAAAAACAUUAACUGUGCGUGUAGAGGGGAAAAGAAGCUGCAUUUUCCCUCCCCAUACUGUGUUAGGGGCUUUGUUGUUUGGCUUGGUGUUGUAUCAGCAGCAGCAGCAGCGUGAGGAGGAAGAGGAGGAGAGAGGGAUGCUGUGCAUCGUUUGGUGACAGCAGCAGACAAGAAGAGCCUGUGCCGCGAUCUCCCGGUCGGUGUCGGUGUGUGCGUGAAUCAAAGCAAGCGGUGACUUUUUACUUCCUCUUCUUUUGCUGGCUGCUCCAACAACACAGUUGGCGUGUGCGUGCUUGUACCCCUGCGCCCACGAGACGGGGAGACACAAGAAAACUAGUUUUCCGCAGUGAUCAUCGGUUGGAAAAAUAAUUAAAUUUUGGGAACGAACUAACUCUUCUUCCCAUUUGCCUCAACUAAGAAGCGAUAAAUAGGCAAAGGUGCAAAGGCUUGCCAACGUAUUGGGCGGGGAGAGAAGGAAAAGUCUCACCUGCCAAAAGGACAAUCAUCAAGUAACCAUGGCUUCGAACGACAACAGCGACCUGCGGGAAACGCAUCGGAAAAUCUGCCGUGAGCUCAACAUCGACGCGGACACGGAGAACCGAUCGUGGAGCUCGUUCGAGCGAACGCGCGAUCAGUUCGAUCUGACGGGUGAGCCAACACACUGGAUGUGCUGUGCGCUGUACGUGGCCUGCCUGCAGGAGCUGCCAGCCGUCGGCGAUCCGGACCACUACAUACAGGGCAAUGGCGUGAACAUUACGAACCUGUUGACACAAUGCGAUAUUAAAAUCCAGGAGUUCUUCUCCAAGAUGAAGCAAUGGUCCGAGAUACGCUCGCUCCCUGGGCGGCUCCGCACGGCAGUCGACAAUCUGCACCACGAGUUUUCCGUCUCGAUCACGACGUACACCGUGUUCGGGGAGGACUUCCCGCGCAUCUUCAACGAGGCGAACAUCGUGCCGGACGAGCCGAAGCGCAACAAGAAGAGCAAACCGAACCCGUGCUCGUACAACCGGCUGCGCGAGUUCAGCUGGCUGCUGUUUCUCACCGUGAAGGAGCAGCACCGGGAGCAGCGCCGGGAUCUCGCCACCGCCAUGGACCUGUGCGUGUGCGUGAUGGAUCUGAUCUAUCGCAAUGUGGUCGCGGACGGCCGGAUGGAUCUGGUCAACCCGAAGGUGCUGCACGAGGGCGGCAGCAGCUCGGUCGACGGGACGACGGCGGCCGCCGAGGCGGCGCUGAAGAUAAACGUGCGCGAGCAGCUGUGCAACGAGUAUCCGACCACGAGCGAAAGCGUGGACGAAACGAACCGGAGCGUGUUUCUGCCCGCCCUGUCGAGUAUGGUGGAGGCGAACGAUCUGCGGGGCACGCCCGAUGGGCAAUCGUUUCUGGGGCUCGUAUCGGUGGCAAACUUCGAGGACAACCUGAAGCUGCUCAAUCGGCGCUACGAGCGGUGCAUUCUGCGGUGCGGUAUGCUGGACGAGCGGAUUGCGCUGAGCAGCCGGUCGUCCCCGACCAGCCAGCGCAAUCGGUGGAGCGUCAAUGUGGCUGGACCGCCGCGCACUCCGCUCAGCCUGAAAUCGGGCCGCACUGGUGGUGGUGGUGGUGUUGGAAUGGUUCGUGGCAUUCGCGUUGGUUUCGCCAAUGGCGGACCGGAGCAGUCCAGCGGCAGCCCGUUCGUGGUGCGCGGUACGCUGUCGCAGCUGAUGAAGCGCAUCCGGGGCCACGAACCGGGCAGUCCGCGGGGCACGUUUAUGACGCUGAUGAAAAACUGUACGCCCAGCCCGCUCGGCACGGUGCUGGAGCAUGUGGACCGGAUGCGGGCCCGCUUUGUCAAGCGGCUGACGGAGCAGGAGGGCUGGAAGCUGGCCCUGGCCGACUGUCGGUUCGAUGCGGUCGAGGCGCUGUACUACCAGCUGCUGGAGAACAUCAUCCCGUGGGAGCUGAAGAAGCGCCCGUCGAUGACGGUGUCGAGGGUGAUCUACGAUCUCUGCUCGAACGCGUUCUUCAACGAGACGGUGAUCGUGUGUGCGGCGGAAAUCAUCUUCUUUCUGCGGCAGGAGCAGCACAACUUCCCCUGGAUACUGGAGGUGUUCGGGAUGGAGCCGUUCCGGUUCUUUCACAUCAUCGAGGUGACGGUGACGGCCAACAAUGACAUCCUCACGUCGGACAUUGUGAACCAUCUGCGCAGGAUUGAGGAGCAGCUGGUGGAUUCGAUCAGCUGGAAGAGCUCCUCGGUGCUGUGGGAGUGUAUGGAGAAGGAAAACUAUCAGAUACCGGCCAACAAGGACGUCGAGCAGCGGGCUGAGAUUGCCGGCGUGACGCCGCUCAAGGGCGAUUCUGUACCGAACACACCGAACGGUACACGGGGCGGCGGACCUUCGACGUCAACCGCAACAACAGCCGCAACAACAACAACAGCGACAACCGCCACCGGUCGUCCGGUACCGCAUCCCGACUCGGCCAAGAAAAAGCUGUUUGUCGAUCUUCCGGCAACACCGACGAAAUUGCCACCACCACCGGCGGCAUCAACUUCUUCUGCAACGCCGUCCGCUGCUACAGCAACGUCCACCAGCACCGGUACAACCGUGGCUACUGCAGCCGGUUCUGCCACGUCCGCCUCGUCGUCGGAAAUGGCCAAUGUGCCAGGUAAUGGUACGAAUGGUAGCAGUGAUUCCAAGUCGAUCUCAUCGUUCAGCUCGCCGCAGCGCAGUGCGCACGAUCCGCAGCAUCCACCGUCGAACGAAACGCGUCGUUUGAACUUUUUCUUCCGCAAGAUGUACCAGGUGGCGUACGAUCGGCUGUGCAAUCUCUGCCAGAAUCUCGGCAUCGAUUCGGAAGUGAUCCUGAAGCUGAUCUGGACGAUACUGGAGUUUACCAUCACGAAGUGCUCGCAGGAGCUGAUGCGCGAUCGGCACCUCGAUCAGCUGCUGAUGUGUGCCAUCUUUGUGACGAUGCGCAUCAAGAAGCUGCCGAACACGUUCAAGCAGAUCAUGCACUGCUACCACAGCCAGCCGCAAGCGAAUAGCUCCAUCUACCGGAGCGUGUUUAUACGGUACGAAAGUGCGGCAGCGCCGCCGGACGGGAGUGGUAAGGAGGUGGAGGAGGAGGCGAAGGAUGCUGACGAGUGUAGCAAUGGACAGGGGAAGAAUGGUACCACCAUCACCACCACCACCACCACCGCCAGCAGCAACGGUGAGGCGACGGGUGAUGCGAGCGAACGGUGCCCGGUGACGGAGAUGGCCGGCACCUCGGUACAGUACGGGCGGGAGGUGUACGGGGACAUUAUAAAGUUCUACAACGACAUCUACGUCGUGACGGUGCACCACUUUGCGCUGCAGUAUUACAACGCUGAUGUGUCCCAGGAAUCGCUCUUCCUGUCGCCAACGCCCAAAUCGCAGAUGCGCAACAUCCAGAAAUCGCCCCGCCAGAUCAGCUCCGGCAUCAAUCUGUACGUUUCGACGACGAACAAGAUCAGCUCGCUCAAGGACUCGCCGAACGUGCGCGUACUCACCUUCCCGUCGAGCCCCGGGCAAAGUCCAACGAUGCACGAGCGCAAGUUGCCGCUGCUGGUACGGGGCAAGGUGGGCGAAACGGCGGCCCGCCGGCUAACGGAACCGGCCGCAUACGAGCAGUCGCGGGCACCGAAGCUGCGGCGGCUGGAUAAAAUCCACCAAGAGCGACAGCAUCAGGACAACGAGAUGUCGGAGAACGAGUAGUCCUGCUGUAGUAGUAGUCACGAUCUGCUGUUUGAAUCCCCUCGUCUUAUCCUUCAUCCAUUCAUCAUCCCCGCUAGAGGCGUGUUUUAAUUAUUUUUUGUUGAUUUAAGUACGAAUUUAAUCUUUGGUAAGAGAGAGAGCGAGAGCGACGAGGACAUAGGACAAUCUUGAGGACUCUUUAUGCACGGACAAAAAGGAAGGUACUCAUUGUGUAGGGGAGGGAGGGGGGCGAUGAUUCGACUUCCUGUACCCGUAAGUGCUCCUAGCAUUGAUUUGCGUAUUCGAAUAGGUAUUUCGAUACACACUUCUCUUUUAAUUGAACCUUUUGGCUUUAAGCGGACAAUGCUUCUUUGGUGGAAGCUCGUGGCGUGACUCACUUGUGUGCCUGGACUUGUU